AUGUUCCUUCCCUCCUUCUUCACUCGUUGCUCUACUUCCACCCACAAGUGCUCAUUUCAACUGCGAGGAAUAUUUACUGCAAUCUCAAGGAACAUACAUCCUCCCAUCCCUCACAAGAUGCUCCCACCUUCAAUUGAACAAAGAAGACCCGUCCAAUCACCCGAGUACGACCAGUCCACUCUAUCGAAUUAUAGAUCCUUUGCGGUUCUUGAUACAGAUUUAAACUUGUCUGUCUCCUUUGACAAAUCCACCAUUUCAGGGAGCGUAACAUUCCUCUUGAAACAACUAUACGAUGAUGAAAAGAAAUCGAGUGAAGUGCAUCUGGAUAGUUCCUAUUUGGAUGUCCAGAAUGUUCAGAUUGAGGGUACCGAAGUUGGUUUCCAAAUUGAGCCAAGAAAGGAACCCUUGGGCUCUAGAUUGGUUAUUGCCAACCCGUCCUCUAGCGAUAAGAUCAACCUGAAGAUUCAAUUUUGUACCACCGAGAAGUGCACUGCUUUACAAUGGUUGAACGGCAAGCAAACCAAGGGUGGGAAACCGUACGUGUUCUCACAACUGGAGGCUAUUCACGCGAGAUCUCUUUUCCCCUGCUUUGACACUCCCUCUGUGAAAUCGACUUUCACAGCAUCCAUUGAAUCUCCAUUACCAGUAGUUUUUUCUGGUAUCAAGAUCGAGGAUUCCAGCAAGGCUGCAAGCGUUUACAAGUUUGAACAGAAGGUGCCUAUCCCAGCUUACUUAAUUGGCAUUGCCUCCGGUGAUUUGGUAAGCGCCCCAAUUGGUCCUCGUUCCACCGUUUACACAGAACCAUUUCGUUUGAAAGAUUGUCAAUGGGAGUUUGAAAAUGAUGUAGAAAAAUUCAUCCAAGCUGCUGAGAAAAUCAUCUUCGAUUAUGAAUGGGGCACUUAUGACAUUUUGAUCAACGUCGAUUCUUACCCCUACGGCGGUAUGGAAUCUCCAAAUAUGACAUUUGCUACGCCUACAUUGAUUGCUCAUGAUAAGUCUAAUAUCGAUGUGAUUGCUCAUGAACUUGCCCAUUCUUGGUCUGGUAACCUAGUGACCAAUUGUUCUUGGAACCAUUUUUGGUUGAACGAAGGUUGGACCGUUUACCUAGAAAGAAGGAUCGUCGGUGCCAUCCAUGGUGAGCCAACAAGACAUUUCAGUGCUCUGAUUGGUUGGAGCGAUUUGCAGAACUCUAUUGAUUCUAUGAAAGAUCCUGAAAGGUUCUCCACUUUGGUGCAAAACUUGAACGAUAAUACCGAUCCUGACGAUGCUUUUUCCACUGUUCCUUAUGAAAAGGGGUUCAACCUCUUGUUCCAUUUGGAAACUGUUUUGGGUGGUAAAGCUGAAUUUGACCCAUUUAUUAGACACUAUUUCAAGAAGUUCGCCAAGAAAUCUUUGGACACUUUCCAGUUUUUGGACACUUUAUAUGAGUUUUAUCCUGAAAGGGCGGGAGUAUUGGAUUCUGUCGAUUGGGAAACUUGGUUAUACAAACCGGGUAUGCCACCAAGGCCUCAUUUCAUCACCGCCUUGGCUGAUAAUGUCUACCAGUUGGCCGACAAGUGGAUCGUAUUGGCCCAAAAUUUGAAAACUACGGAAGAGUUCCGGUCUGAAUUCAAUGCUGUUGAUGUCAAAGAUUUCAACUCUAAUCAGUUGGUCUUGUUUUUGGAGACCUUAACACAAAAUGGCCAUUCCACGAAAAAACCAAAAGAUUUUGAUUGGGCCAACUUUCCCAUGGCUCCCAAGGCUCUAUUAGAAAUUUACCAAGAUAAGAUCGUUAAAUCUCAAAACGCGGAAGUCGUUUUCAAGAUGUUCAAAUUCCAGAUUUUUGCCAGGAUGCAAGAAACCUAUAAAGAUUUGGCGGAUUGGUUGGGAACCGUGGGUAGAAUGAAGUUUGUUCGUCCCGGUUAUAGACUUUUAAACUCAGUGGACCGCCAAUUGGCUAUUGCAACUUUCGAAAAAUUUAAGGAUACGUACCAUCCCAUUUGUAAAGCUCUUGUAAAGCAAGAUUUGGAUCUUUGA